AUGCCACCGUCCUCAGCCACUCCUCCUCCUCCUCGUGGAUGGUGGUCACGACCAAUAGUCACUUUUCCGGCACAGUAUGAUCGUAAACCCACUUUCAAAGAAUAUAUUGUUACCGGUAUACCCUAUUGCUGCGGUAUAUUGACUGUCAUCGCCAUAAUGGUACAUAUCUCUCACGUCGUCGACUUCGAGAAUGCUCACUGCGACGCCAAAUUCGCUAUCCAAUCCAUCGCCGUCUCUCCAUCUUCUGCCACAUGGCACGUUCAUUUUCUCGUCAAGAACCCUAGCUCUAGGUAUACUAUCUACUACGGAGACGAUGAAACUGCCGUGAGGCUCGGUUCUUUAAACGCUGCCGUUUUAAAGACUUCUCACGAACGUAGGUCUCGGAGUCACACGGCUUUCUCAGUGGCUUUCGUUGGGGAGAGUAAUCCGAACGACGGCAUUUUCAAACAACUAGAUAUCAAGUUAAGGGCUAAGCAUCAGGGUUACGAUGAGGAUGAACCUGACGCUGGACAUGUUGAUAUAAGGUGUUAUAAUCUGACCAGAAAUCAUGAGAACCUCGACAAGAUUCAAUGCUACUCUUCUUUCACAGAAUUGAAACAAGAGCUUAAGUAUAAUUCUAACGGUCUUUUUGCCAAUUCCGUCUCCAUCUCAAACGCAAACGCUUCGACCGCUGAUUGGAGGGUCGGUUUUGUUGCGAGGAGUCCAGCCACUGACUGUAAAAUCUCUCUACAGACACUCAAGUCGCGUUUACUCCAAGGCGACAAAGUUAUCUCCCAUUCAUCAUCUCAUUCGUCUGGUUAUUUCGGACAAGUAUUUGUCGCAAGAGACAAAACAAAUGUCGUUUUCGAGAAGGUGGUGAUGCCGGAAAUCAAUGGCGACGUUAUAUGGGAUUUUAGGGUUGAGAUUGUGUCUACGGUGAACACAGACGCUGGAGAUGCAACCGUGUUUAUGAUGGCCUUUUGUCCAGAUAUUCCGGUUAAAUUCACGACGGAUCCGGCAGGAAAGGUGGUGGUGGGAUCGUUGCUUGGAAAUAUGAGACGGUGUGAUUAUAAAUACCAGAAAAGCUUGGCUAAUUCUCUCCCAUCAUCAUGA